AUGUCUUUCAUCCCGAAAAAUGCACUCUCAGCUAGCUGUGACGACGCUCUGCUGGGAGUCAAUGAGUUACCAGACUCGGCGUUCACUGCCACCAGCAAUUCCGAGAGUGUUGAACAGUCGAUUGCUGGACUGGGUCCAGGAGUGGAUCAUUCUGCGAAAACUGCCAGGUUAGAGACCAAAGUUCACCUCAUUCUCCUCAUUUUACGCAGAGACAUGCUCACUGGAGGCUGGUGUCCCUCAAGAAAAGUGUCUACAAAUCUCACAGAUUACAUUCAGGUCGACAUGGGAGCGGUGAACGUCAUCACGAAAAUUGCCUUCGGACCCCGAACUGACGUUGCUUAUACUCCGUCCUUUGUGAUUCGCUACAGGCGAGAGGGCAGUAGCGACUGGCGUGAUUACAAGUCCUGCUCUUCUAAUUCCGUGAUUUGCUUAUUGCAUCUCUCUUCGACUCACUGUAGCUUCCACAGCUGUGGUCUCAAGCCCUACAUUCCGCACGAAACACGGCGCUUUCAUGGAACUUUUCCUUCCUCUUUGCAGACCCAUAUCAUCAGCGGAGUGGGAAGUAAUUUUGAUCUCAAACUAAUUCCACUAAAUCCACCCAUCAUUGCCCGAUGGGUUCGUGUUUAUCCAUUCAGUCGAAAAGCCAUGUUCGUUUGUGCCAAAUUCGAGUUUUACGGCUGCCGGUUCUCCGAGGAACUGGUGGAAUACAAGAUUCCAGACGGCAGCGAUUUCCAUUUGAACUCCUUCACUCCUCCCCUCAACCUCCACGACACCUGCUACGAUGGACAGCGAGACCCCCGAGGUGGUGUUUUGCACAACGGCGUCGGUUGCUUAGCGGACUCCCGUGUCUCCACAUCGACUGAAGCACUUCGGCUACCACCGUGGAAACACGACGGCACAUCUUCAUCCAACGCCGCAUCCUCAACAAUGGACUGUCUUGUUGGAUGGAAUCGCUCGCAGUGGGAAGAGACUCGACGGUCAACGACAACAGCAGUUGAUCUUGUCUUUCGGUUCUCUGGAGUGCGGAUUUUCGACACACUUCAUGUCUACGCACUAAAGGCACCGUCGCGAAAGAUUGGAAUACCUCGACGCAUAGAAGCCUCCUUGAGUGUGGAUGGAUUAACGUUUCCCGCCACACCGGACGUAGUUUUGGAUACCCAAGCCUUCUCUCUCCAACCGCUGGUUGUAGAUCUUAAAAAGAAGAAUGGACGGGUGGUUCAAGUAAAGCUCUUCUUUGAUGACGAAUGGAUUGUCCUUAGCGAAGUGCGAUUCAUCAGCACUGCAGCAAUUGAAAACAGUCUCAGCGGUCAUGCAGUAGGGAGUGAGGGCUCUCCCAAUCUACGAUUUGAUGAGUCUGUCUGCCUAUACACUCACUUUCCUAGUAAUAAUCUCUACACAAUUUCCAUGCGUUGCAUAGAAAAAUCUCCCUCGCCUCCGUCCUUGGUUGUGGAAGCACAGUAUCUGCCACCUUCGGACAAGACUAACGCCGACAAUAGCAUCACUCACAACUCCAAAGCAGGUAACAUUGACGGUGAGGGUGAGGAUUACAACGACUUCAUUAAUGAAGCCAAUGGCGGUCCGCUGCGAGUUCUCGAUCCACCUCCCUACCAGGGACCCACAAUGCUCGUGCUCAUCCUCGUCUUCCUCUGUUGCUUCAUGAUUCUACUAGUGGGUGUUGCCUGUUUCUCCAUUGUGUGGAUGCAAAAACGUCGCAGAAAACGCCAUCAAGGUUUGCGGGGUGAACUACGGUCUGCAAAUGGGAAAUUACUUAAGGCUCAGUCUGGUAGUGCUGCCUUUUUUCGGUGGCCAGGUCUCUCACUUACCAACGGUGGUGGUGGUGGCGGUGGUGGUAGUAGUAAUGGAGGCGCUGGCUGCACCACAGCAAAUGCUGCUUCUCAGCCAUCAUUUGAAGGCAGUGGUUUGGGACAUAUGGCAGUGGUUAAUGCUGGACGCUUGCGACAACCAAAGCCAACGUGCUGUAGUGAGAGGCUCGACUCUAACUUCGGUGCCUUAUUUUCAGAUUUCGACUGUGCAAGUUCCAGCCUAUUAAGCCAUCAAGUCUCCAGCACGUCUCCUUUCAUCAUCUGUAAGAAUCCGCAUUCACAAGCUGCUCUAACACCCCCUUCCCUUAACCUCACACAACUCACCAAAAAUCCAGGUUUUCGUGACGGUGCCUUCUUCGCAUACACCGGUAUUCCUGCUCUUCCAGUGGAUCCGAAUGGAGGUAAUGGGGUCGGUGGACGUCCACUUGCUAAGCGUCUUCUCACUUCCAUGGCGGCAAAACUCUUUCGCUCGCGUUGCACAGGCAAGACCGGUGCGGCGCGGAUUUUGUCCCCAUCGGCCCAUCAGUAUGAGCAAGUACUGGCCCAGUCUGCGCACUCCUCACCUGUAAUGACCUCCACCGCAGCCGCUGCCUUUCAGUCGCAACCUACCGCACCCACACGAAAUGAGACGACCCUGCAGUCUUUCCCUGUUACUUCGCUACCUGUCCAUGCAGCCAACGGGUUGAUUCAAAUUGAUCUCAAGCGCAGCCACCCCUCUCUCAUUGUAAACGGUCAUCCUCUGCUACAAUUCCAACAGCCGCAACAACAAAGCUCCGAUAACAGUAACCGUGGAGCGAACUAUUUUUCCACCUUCAAUACUCGCCAGCAUGACUCUUCCGUAGUGUAUCAAAGCGUUCAUGGUGAAUCCGACGCUGAUAGUUUGGCUGCAAGCACAAUGAGUCCAGAGUACGCUUCGGCAAGUCUUCUUGGUGGGCAGAGUGGAAAUGGACUACCCUUUAUCGCCGGAAUAGGAGGGUGGGGAGUGGGAGAGUAUUCUACGGCACACCGCCAAUUGGUAGAUGCGGCCACAUCAACUCAGGCGAUCAUUCAACCUUUCUAUGCGUCGCCCCCUUCACAUCAUCAACAACAGGGUCCUGCUUCUGCCAAUGCAGCUGCUGCUGCCGCAGCUGCCGCAGCUGCUGCUGCGUAUGCGUGGACAUCACCGACAGGGACGUUCAUUCAAAGAUCCCUCUCGCAACAACAGUUCCACCAGCCCUUUUGGACUACCCAGCCAGGCAAGUAG